ACUAUUGAAAGUAGUAUAGGCACAGGCAGUCUCUCUCCACUCGACCUUGCUAUAAAUAUAAUCAACAAUGUACCUAUAGUUAUUUUGGUAAAACUAACUUCAUCGUCGUUACAGUUACAGCACCGCAGUAACGCUUCGUUAGUGUCCAAUUUUCUCAUAGCGCGUACCUUUACUCGCUCUCUCUCUCUCUCGUUAAAUAACAAAAAAAAAAAAUAAUCAUACACACAAUAACACAAACUUCACACACGUCGAACUAAACAAAAUGGACGAUCUGCAGAAUUACAAACUCCAGCUGCAGCAGGUCGAAGCUGCACUCACCAGCGACCCGGACAAUGAAGAGCUUCAUAAGCUUAAAAUCGACCUCGAGGAAGUCAUCGAGCUUACCCAGGAUCUCAUCAAAUCGCAACAGCAGGAAAAGAAAUCUGACGCCGAGCAAAACGAUCCAGAGGUGAUAGCUGCUCUAGCUGAAAAGUGGAAAGUUGGCGAUCAGUGCCAGGCGCCGUGGUCCGAAGAUGGAAAGUAUUAUGAAGGAACUAUCGAUGCCAUCAAUGAAGAUGGCUCUGUAAAUGUUACUUUUAAUGAGUAUAAAAACAAAGAUGUCACAACACUAAGUCAGUUGAAAUCAGUGGCUAAAAGACCAGCAUCAGAUUACAUGGAACAAAAAUCCAAGAAAAUGGCAAUUUCUGCUAUGGCAGGAAUGGACUCAAACAAACAGCGAGAGUACUUGAAAAAGAGAAAACAAAAGAAACAACAAAGAUUCAAGGAACUAGAGGAAGAAAGGGAACAGGAGAAAAACAAAUGGCUUGCGUUUGCCAACAAGUCAACGAAAAAGGGUGUUCUGAAAAAGAGUAUAUUUGCAACACCAGAAAAUGUAAACGGCCGAGUUGGCAUUGGAACUUGUGGUGUCAGUGGCAAAGAAAUGACCAAGUAUACCAACGGCGAAAAGUGGCGCCGUGGAGCAUAAAUAUGUAAAUAAUAAUUUAUAAUUAGGUUUUUGUUACAAAUUAUUGUUACAUUAAUUUAAGUGGGCCCAGACUUGACUGUAAUGACAAGUGUACAUGAUCUUUGAAGCAUCUUAUUGAUGCUUAGAAUACUUUCACUUUUAAAAUAGUGACUGUAAACUUGUAAAAAAUACUUAGUAUGAUUGAUUUAAGUGUAUAUACGUAUGCGCGCAAUUUCGCGAGAAUAAAGUGGAAUGUUGUAUUAAAUUUUAGUUUCUUAGUAUUGAUGCCUAGUUCUAUUUAUGUUCUCCAGUCCAGAUGUCUUGUAUGUAAACAAAAUUUACUUAUGAAUAAAUUAAUAUUUUAAA